GAAUUCGAAUUACCCUUUUUUAGUUUUUACGUCUAUUAGCUUUAUAGUGUAGACGAAAUUUACCUCCAAUCUGUAACUCUUCAGUCGGCUUUCAACAUGUCACGGCGAUAUGACUCAAGAACAACAAUAUUUUCUCCAGAAGGGAGAUUAUAUCAGGUGGAAUAUGCCAUGGAGGCUAUCGGUCAUGCAGGAACCUGUUUGGGUAUCCUAGCUAAUGAUGGGGUUUUGCUGGCUGCAGAGAGACGCAACACAAAUAAACUCUUGGACGAAGUUUCAUAUUCAGAAAAAAUUUACAAACUUUACAAUGACAUGGCUUGUAGCGUUGCUGGAAUUACAUCAGAUGCAAAUGUUUUAACAAACGAACUCCGUCUAAUUGCUCAGAGGUUCCAUUUACAAUAUCAAGAACCUAUUCCCUGUGAGCAACUUGUUAGCUCAUUGUGUGAUCUGAAGCAAGCUUACACUCAAUUUGGAGGAAAGCGACCUUUUGGUGUAUCUCUUUUAUACAUGGGCUGGGAUAAACACUAUGGAUUUCAGCUUUAUCAGAGUGACCCCAGUGGAAAUUAUGGAGGAUGGAAAGCCACUUGUAUUGGAAAUAACAGUGCUAAUGCAGUUUCAAUGCUGAAACAAGAGUAUAAAGAAGGGGAAAUGAAUCUAAAUGAUGCUUUGCUGUUAGCCAUCAAAACCUUGAGUAAGACCCUGGACAUGACUAAAAUAACAGCUGAUAAAGUUGAAAUAGCCACAUUGACCAGAGAGAACGGGCAGACAAAAAUGACGAUUCUGGGAGCUCCUGCUGUGGAGGAAGUUAUUAAGAAACACGAGGAAAUAGAAGCCAAAGCUGAGGCUGAGAAAAAGAAGGAAAAAUCCUAAACUUUAUGUUGUAAUAACUUGUUUGUGUUAAGACAAAAGGCUGGAAUGCUAAGAUUUCUUUCAGAGUUUCAUCAUUAAAAACUGUCAUAAACAUUAGUGCUGUUCUACAUUUUGUGAUGCAUAUAUCUAUGAUCUUUGUCAUUCAUGAUUGAAUAAAAACUCUUCAAAUUUGU